CAUGCUACUCAUUUACUUACACCGAAGAAGAUACCAACACCAACACCACAACACCAACCACCAUGAUGAUCAAGUUUCUGUUUUCAAGUCUCCUUACCGUCGUACUCUUCACGGCUUCGACAGCUCGUCAACUGGCGUUGCCUCCUGGAGUUGCCGAAGCCGACUUGGACAACGCCACCGAAGUGCUGCUGAUAUCCGUGCAAUCCGUCCAUCCGGAGGAAAAGGAAGACUCCUGUGUCAUUUAUACUCAUGUGUUCGCGACGGUAAUUGGUGUCAAUGAAACGGGUACCGGUCUCAUGGGGUCGGAAACCGUUCAUUUUCAUUCCUCUUAUUUGGUGGAUGAAGAAGAUGAAGAAGAUCACGACGACGAAAUGUCGUCCAAUAAUGAAACGGGCGUGGCAGAAAUGAAACAGGAAGCUGAUCCUUGCGUGGGAUUCACGGGACCUUUGUCACCCCCCAAACUUUACCCUGGAUGGUGUGGAUAUGUCUAUUUUGAUGUUGACGACAGUGGAGAACUCGAAUUGGCUUCCUACGGACACAGCUUUGUUCCCGUGGAGGAUCCCGAAGCGGCUGGAUGUCCGGCGGUGGAGGAUCCCACUACCACCAUGGAUGAUCAAGAGGAGGAGGACGACGGCCAUGGCCAUGACCACGAGCAAACUGACCAUGGAGCAGAAGAUGAAGAAGAUCACUCUUCGUCCACAGAUGGAGCAACUUCAGGUGCUGGCCAAAGUGUGUCCCUUUCAGUGGCAAUGGUUGGAGCCCUCGUCAGUGCGUUCUGGAUGGCAUUAUAA